AUGCCAGAAUACGAGCGUAACAAUCGUGCAAUGCUUCUAUAUCUGGAGAAUUUGGACAUCGAAAGGGCCUACAGAGUUCUGGUGAUACCUCUGGUAUUGACAGCCAUCCGUAUAGCGCUCGGUUAUUAUACCGCCGUUCUCAUGUUCACUGCCAAUAGCUGGUCCCAAUAUCGCGAAGAACUCACUGCCAAUGUCAUAUUGCCGGUCUCACUCAGUUGUGCGGCGGUGAACGACGCAGUGAUCGUCGCAAGCCAGUUCUAUUACCUUCGGCGGAGGCGGACCGGAGCCUGCGGAACAGAGUACAUCAUACGGACCGUUAUGAUCUACUCCGUGAAUAUGGGAGCCAUCACGAUGGCGGCGUCGGUGGCUGCGCUGUUGGCGUUUAUUCUCGACAAAAGCAGCCUCCUCGACGGCAGAUUCGUCGAGCUGCAGUGCAGACUGUUUGCGCUCUCUUUGCUGGCGAACCUCAACACCAGACGAACGAUGCGGGACAACCAGCCGAGGGAUGCCGUCGAGUUCUGCCCCCACAACUUCACCGGAGACGCCGCGCAAGGCUCAUCCCGCUUGUCCCCUGGAGGCCAUCAACGACAGCUGAUUCCCAAGCUACUUCAUAACCCGAGCCAGUGACGCGCGAAGGGUCGACCGUCCCUCAUCCUCGACAUCUAGCACACACGAACGACCUCAAGGUACACGCACGAAAAUCCCAGCAUGCAUGCAAGGCUAGCGUAUGCAUCCAGGAAAUUUAUCGUCCGGGGUAGGAUAUCUAUUGUACUUGCUAGACAGAAACAAUGCGAGCGCCGGUAGCUGGUAUACA